AUGCAUAUCCUGUCAGCCGGAGCCCUGGUGGUCUUUCUCCUCGUCCUCGGACUGGUUCUUCACUCGGGCUUUUGUCUAGCUUUAAAUUAUUUUGAGGCCUCAAAGGUCGGCGUACCGAUCCGGGUACUCCCAAUUAGCCACAACAACCCGAUAUGGAUGUUACUCGAUCGUCCUGUCCUUUCAUUUGUGAGGCGUCUCCCAUUCGGACUGGGUGACAACAGCUUUACCAGGUACAACUUCCGUGCCUGGGAGAUUCAUGACAGAUAUCGUUCUCAUCACGAGAUGGGCGACGUCUGGAUGCAUGCCACCCCAGUGAGGAACUGGUUGUACGUUGGGGACCCUGAAACCGUUACAGAGAUCUGGAAGAGAGGAAGGGAUUUCCCACGAGAAACCACGGCGACUGCGAUGCUUGACGUAUUCGGUGAAAACAUAGCCACAUCACAAGGGGAGCAGUGGCGCAGACACCGAAGGCUCGUGAAUAACUCUUUCAACGAUCAAAACAAUCGUAUUGUCUGGUCUGAGAGCAUUAAUGUGGCGUCCGAUGUUCUGCAAUACUGGAUAUCUCAAAAGGCAGUGAAGACGAUCGCUGACGAUACUCGGACACUGGCCCUCCACGUCAUGUCACGGGCUGGCUUCGGAAGGUCUUUCAAGUUCCAAGGCCGGGGGAAGGACGACGGGAACGCCUCAGACGGCCCAACUAUGAACUACAAGGACUCCCUCAAAACGAUACUGGAUAAUUGCGUUCUGAUCUUCGUCUUUGGCCCAAAGUUCUUGGGUAAGACUUGGCUCCCGAAAAAGCUCCGAACUCUACACAAAGCAUGUGUUUCUUUCCAACAGCACAUGACGGAAGCCUACGAAGAAGAGAAGCGCGUCUUGGGCGCUGGUCAGUCCCAACCAGCACACCAAAACUUCCUCACUCUGCUUGUUCGUGCAUCACAAGGCGAUGACCAACAAAAUGGCAGCAAUGCCUACCUUACGGAGAGUGAGAUUUAUGGCAACAUGUUCACUUUCAACUUCGCUGGGCAUGACACUACAGCACACACUCUCACGUUCGCUCUUUACUUCCUGGCAGCUUUCGCAGAAGUGCAGGACUGGAUCCAUGAAGAAAUCCGUCACGUGGCAGGUGCGCGGCGUACGCAAGAAACGGAGUACGAGAUCGACUUCCCGAGGUUGAAGCGUUGUCUGGCCGUAAUGCUGGAGACACUGCGUAUAUAUACGCCUGUUCCGACGUCCAAGUUCACCGGUUCCAGUGCACAGACUUUGAAGGUGGGUAGAGGAGGGAAGACGAUUGUUGUUCCACCUAUGACCAUGGUCCUUCCCAGUUACGCGGCACUCCAGAUGGAUCCGAAAUGGUGGGGCACCGACUCACUUCAGUGGCGCCCGUCUCGUUGGAUCGAGGAGCAGAAUAGCGGUGCAGGCAGAUAUGGCCCAGGGGACGAGGAGCUCAUUACACCUCAUCGAGGCUCAUACGUUGCCUGGUCUGGAGGUGCUAGGGACUGCCCAGGAAGGAAGUUCUCGCAGGUCGAGUUUGUAGCAACACUAGCUACGCUAUUCCGGGAGCAUCGUGUCGAACCGGUUCCGAUGACGGGAGAGACACCCGAGGCCUCAAGAAAGAGGGUGCUGCAUCUCAUCGAGACGGACUCUGCGCCAGUCCUGCUUUUGCAAAUGCUGCAUCCCGAGCGAGCACCGCUGAGGUGGAGACGCAGGUGA